AGUCACCACAAUUCAAGCGUGGAGUAUAACAGUUCAAGAUCUUAUGGCUAUACAACUCAAGCAUCAUUAGUUAAUCCACAACAAAGGACAACAUAAAUUUUUCAUUGAACUGUGUUUGAGACAAAAACAAUCCAAUGCGUUUAGAGAUUUCUCACAGUUGACCGGGGGAAGCUUCCCAAAUGUCUGAAUGGAUUCAACAGGACUGUGGAAGGCAAGCUCCUCGAGGGGGUCGGACCAUUGAAUCUGAACUCUUCAACUCUUACCAGUCUCCAAACUUGACCCAUCUCAUUUUCUCCAUGGGAAGUGUCAAUAAUUGCUGUGGUUGGAUACAAUUCAAACCAUCCUCAUAUGACAUACUCUGCUAGACAUCCACGAGACUUUGCAUAUCCGACAUCUCUUAGUCCCAGAACACUCCCAUCUCUUGUUGUGAUUCUCAAGAGACAGAUCACUGGAAACAACCCGAAAAUCUUACUCCCCAAGAAGAAGAUGGUCAGAAGUAGUCUGAUCGUGUCGCUGGUCGUUGCGAUGGCUUGUCUCACGGGGGGUGCGAUGGCAGUGCGCUACACUGUCGGCAACGAUGUAGGUUGGACUUCUCCACCGAACAUAACUUCCGGGUUCUAUGAGGAUUGGGCUUCCAACAAAGUAUUCAUGGGUGGUGACUUUCUGGAAUUCAAUUUUAAGGGAACUCAGAACGUGGCCGUCGUAUCAAAAGAAGAAUUCGACCGCUGCAAAAAGGUGUCAAAGGUGUUGGGCGAAGGCGAGGAAGGCGAGGGCUAUGUCUAUUUGCUCCCUGCGAACGCGAACGGCAUGUAUUACUUCAUCAGCACCAUCAAAUCUCAUUGCGAGGGCGGUCAGAAGCUCGCCAUCAAUGUCGCCUCCAGCGUCCCAUUUCUGUCUUCUCUCAGCUCCGAUUCCUUGUCUGUGCUCGUCUCCUCUAUACUGUCAGCUCUGUUCAUCCACUGAGAUUUGAAUGUACUUGCAUUCUUGCUUGAA